AUGAGUGCAAUACUACCGGCCCUUUUGAUCACAGCCUACUUCUGGUGGGAGAGGGUGUCGACAAUGGGACUGACUAUGUCAAUAGAUGAUAAUAUGGACAUGGUGCUUGAUUUGGAAAGGGAUAAACCGUUCACCGGCCAGUGCACCCAUACAUGCAAUAAAACAAUAAUAGAUAAAACAGGGUAUCGGUGGGAUAGGGCCGGUUGGACUGAUCCAAAGGACCAAUUGAAUCACGAGAAAGAUAUGAGUAAUUGGCUCUCAGUUGCGCCAUUCGUUGUGUACACAAAGUCCAGUUCCCAUGUAUUCCAGACAUACGCCGGCGGUAUACUAGACAGCCAUGAGUGCAAUACUACCGGCCCUUUUGAUCACAGCCUACUUCUGGUGGGAGAGGGUGUCGACAAUGGGACUGACUAUUGGAUCGCCAGAAAUAGUUACGGUGAGGGUUGGGGUGAAAAGGGUUACAUACGUCUGGGUAAAGGCAAAAAUGUUAUGGGUGGUCAGGUGCUCAGUGGACUAAACCGGAUGCCCUUACGAUAA